GCGAUGGCUUUGGGAGAAGUACCAUGACCACCACAAGCAGCAGCAAAUCUGUUUGUAUCUGCCUUCCGAACUCUCUUGGUGAGUGGAUGGCAAAGAAGGAUGAUCUCGGUCAGGACAUGUUUCUGCUGGCGACACCUGAUGCUGCCGCCCGGACAGCUGCGCUUGCCUAUUGUGCUGCUCGUGGCAAGCCGUAUGUCCUCAUUCCGCUGACUCGCGAUACUGCCGAGUCGGAUCUGAAGCAGCGGCGUGAGCUGAGCGCAGACGGCUCGUCGCGGUUCGUCGACUCGCCGCUGGUGCAGGCUGCUGCCAGCAGCGCCGAAAACGGCGCCAUCGUCAUUCUCGACGGCCUUCAGCAGUGCGAACGCAACGUCUUGCCCAUCAUCAACAACCUGCUUGAGAACAGAGAGUUGCCGCUAGACGACGGUCGGUUCCUCAUGGCCCCGGAACGUUACGACGAGCUGCUGGGCGGGAGCGGUGAGCGGAGUGGUGCCACGCUGAGAGUGCUCGACGCGCUGCGGCUGGUGAAGGUCAACCCAGGCUUCCGAGUCAUCGCCAUCGGCCUCCCGGUUCCGCCGUACCCAGGCAACCCGUUAGACCCGCCGCUGCGCUCGCGGUUCCAGGCCCGGGCUGUAACGCCGACGCCGGUUCCGGUCCUCGCCGAGGCCAUGGCGGUCGUAUCGCAGCUGGCCCGCCCGCAGUUUGAAGCCGCGUUUGGCCCCAUGCUCUCGCUUGCGUGGGCGCUGCGGGACGCACAGAGCUCGGCGGCUGAUGCACCAGGCCUGCACUCACGCGACAUGGCGUUCCGUUACUUGAGGACGCUCCCCGAGUCGGCGCUCCUCUCGGUUGCGCGCCUCGCUCGGCUGGUCUCGCUACUGCCGCCUGCGCUCUCGCUCCUCCUCCUCAUCUACCCGCUCCCGCUUCUAGGAUUUACGCCUCCGGUCGCCGACGCCCUGGCAAGUAUUGUUCUCCCUGUGCUGAACCUAGAUGGUGAGUCGCUCGAUGCUGUCAUGGCGGAACACGCGCUCGGCCCGCCGGAGUUUGAUACCUUUGCGCUCGCAGGCCAGGUCAGAGUGCUCGCCUCGAUGAUGGCGUCGGUGGCGCUCGGUACUCCGCUGGUUGUGGUCGGGCCAAAGGGCGACGGCAAGACGACGCUGGCGCGCGCGCUGGCUGACAUGCUCGAUACUUCUGUCGAGUCGCACUUUCUUUACGCUGACAUGACUGCGCGUGACUUGCUGGAGCGUCGUGCAACCGACGACGCUGGCGGCACGGUGUGGAUUGAGACACCGCUUGUUCGCGGCCUCCGCUCCGGGGCGCUGGUGGUUCUCGACGGCAUCCAUCGUUUGGCGCCGGGCACGCUGGGCGUCCUUGGUCCGCUCUUCUCGCACCGCGAGCUUGUCAUGCCGUCAGGCCGCAAGUUUGUGGCCCGCGCCCGCGCACUCGCCCUCGCCGACGAAGCCGGCCUGCGUCUCGAUGAGCUCGAGGCUUCUGCCGGCGUCGUCCCCAUCGCUGACAGCUUUGCGCUUGUGGCGCUGGCUGUCCCGCCAGUCGAGGCCGCUGCCAACGCGCCUCCAGGCGCGCCGCGAGCUGAGACGGGUGGAUGGCUCGACGGCUUUGCCCUAGCUUCGUUCCACUUUCAUACCAUCCUGCCUGCGGCCACGUCUGUGUCGCGAGCAGAGAUGCUCGCACGGGCGAGGAGCAGUCUGGCCCUGGACGCUCUUGCCCGUGUGGCCGACGGCCUCGCUGCCGUUGCCGCCGACGCAUCGAUUCCACUCGACGUCGUUCUCUCGCUGCGACAGACGGCACGGCUGGUGCACAAGGCACAAGUCGCGCCGAAACGACUGGUCCCUGCUCUCUACUCGACUCUGCUAGUUCGGUUCAUGCCUGCCGAGCAGGCCAAGCUUGUCGAUGAGGUGAUCGAAGCGGGCGGUCUUGAGCCACCAAGUGCCGCAACACAGCAACUAUUGUCUGCACCAGCAGCGGAGAUCCAUGGUGACAUGCUCACCAUCGGGCGCGCUUCGAUCUCGCUCUGGACACCGGCGUCACCUGCGCUGGUUCCGUCGAUCGAGUUCUACGACAUUCCACGACACAUGCUGCUGCUGGAGGACAUGCUGGAGGACUUUGCCCUCGGCGAGCACAUGCUGCUCAUCGGCAACCAGGGGACUGGCAAGAACAAGCUGGCCGACCGGCUGCUGCAGCUGAUGAACCGCGAGCGACAGUACAUCCAGCUUCACCGCGACACAACUGUCGCGGGCCUUACCGUCACCCCGGUCCUCACCGGUGGCGUGCUCUCGUACGAUGACUCGCCGCUGGUCAAAGCCAUGAUCUCCGGCGCGGUGCUUGUCAUCGACGAGGCCGACAAGGCGCCGACCCAGGUGGUGUGUGUCCUCAAGGCGCUUCUGCAAGAUGGCGUCAUUGAGCUCGCCGAUGGACGGAUCUUUGUGGCGCCAUCUGCCGCUGGUACUGCGCCGCCGGGUGCGAUCCACAUUUCGCCCGACUUUCGAGUCAUCGCCCUCGCCAACCGGCCCGGCUUUCCGUUCCUCGGUAACGACUUCUUCGCGGUCAUGGGCGAUGUCUUUGCUGUCCAUGUUGUUGACAAUCCCGAUACCGAGUCGGAGGUUGCGCUGCUUGCCGCCUACGGUCCAGCCGUCCCGCGCGACCUUCUCACUGCGCUCUCGGUCGCGUUCUGCGAGCUCCGUGAGCUCGUCGACGCCGGCCUGCUCUCGUAUCCGUACUCGACCCGCGAGCUGGUCAAUGUCGUCAAGCACUUGCAGGCGUAUCCUCGCGACGAUGUAGGUGAGGUGCUUGACAACGUGCUUGCCUUUGACGCUGCCGAUCCGCUACUGAUGGACAAUGUGGUCGAGGUGCUCUUCCGCUCGGGCGUGCCCAUCGACUCAGUCCUUGCCGCCCGCAACGCCGACGGCGACCCGGGCUCGGCAUCGGGCGCAGGCAGCGUUGUUGAACUCCCGCCGCCGGUCCUGCUGGUGAGCAUGUCGGGUACGGUGGAGGAGCAUGUGGCCGGCCCGGUCCCGGCGGCCCGGGCCCAGAUGUCGUUCCGGUACAGGCCGUUCAAAGUCAGCACGGUGGGCGGCGAUGGAAGCCGCUCGCUUGCCCGCCGGCGAACGACCGUCGGCGGCUCGGCCUUUGCCGAGGCGCUCUGCGACUGGUAUGUCGAUCCGUACGAUCCGCUGGAUGCCGACGCGCGAGGCGACAGCGGUGUGCCUGGCGCAUCGCACAUCGUCGAUGGAGCGAGCGACGGACGCGGCACUGUUGUGGUUCUCACAAAUGAGCCGUUCCGGCUUGUGGUGUAUACCCUUGUUCCUGGUGGCCUCGUCGUCCGCAGCAUCGACCUUGGCAAGGCGGUCCAUGACUCGCGCGAGGUGUCCCGGGCGCGAAGCCCGUCGCUCGCGCUCGCUCCGUCUGGCGACAUGGCGCUGGUGUGGGACGCCGGUCGGGAGCUGGUGCUGGCGGUGGCGCUGGCAAGUGGUGAUGUGACGGUGUACUCGGUCAAGCCACCAGCUCGCGAGCGCGUGCCGACACUGACGCUAUGGGGUGGGCUCCUGGGUACAUGUGGUCUUGUGCUGCUGUACGAGGACGGCGGAAGUGUGCUAGGCCUUGCGGCCGGGUUCUCGACUUCUUCGACGAGUGCAGCAGGUGUGGCAUGGUUGGCGGUGCCUGGUGGCAGCAGCCUGUCUGCGCUUGCGCUUUUGGCCGCCACCACGACGGGCUCCGGAACUGUGCGGGUGGUCAUCGGUGCGGCCGACUCGCAGCGCCGGAUGUGGUGGGAAGCUAAGGUGGAGGCCGAAAUCGGGACGCGCGGCCAACUCGUCGGGGUGCGCAAGGUGGUUUGGACAAGCGCCAAGAUGCAGUACAACCCGGGGGUCUUCCACAAUGGCAUCGGUGGCCUUCGUCCGCCGCUGGACGAUGGGAAGUGGUUCGGCGCGUGCAGCGGCGUGCCGUCCUCGCGCGAGGUGGUCGUCAGCGACGCGCAGGUCCACGCUGCAGUGGUGGGCGGCCGCCGGAUGGUCGGCUGGCCGCGGAGCGAGGCGAACGAGCUGUCGCGGCCGCGGGCAAGCCGCGAGUCGCGGGCGUACGCUCCGGUCUGGUCUUCCUCUGCCGGUGGGCCAGCACUGCUUGUGGCGUCAGCAACGCCGGACGUGCUUGGGCUCGAGUGGAUCGAGCUGGCCCGGGGACGGGUGGCGCAACUGACGGUGGAGACGCGGCUGAAGCGGCGGUUCUCGACGCUGGGCGCCGGUAGAGGCGGUGGCGCUAGCGGCCCACGGCCGUCAGCAGCACUAGCGGGUAUAGUGGCUGUUGCGCCACUCGAGGGCGAUCUGGUGGCGGUGGUCCAGGCCGACGGCCACGUCCGGAUUGUGCGAUUUGUGCGGGGUGUGGCCGCAGCAGAUCGGGCUGCCGACUUUGGCGGGAUGCCGGGCGGGUUCGACGACGACGGCGGGGGCGGCAGUAGGGGCGGGAAUGGAGAGCGGGGCGGAAGCGGUGGUGGCGGUCAGGGCGGGGCUGGAGACGGCGGCUCGGGUGGAGAGGGCUCGGGCGGCUCCGGUGGCUCUGGUGGCUCCGGUGGUUCGGGCGGUUCGGGCGGAGGGUCGCGCUCGUCGAGUUCGGGCUCGUCGAGCUCGGGUGGACCGGGCAGCUCGGUGACCCCGCUACUGGACAUGCUGUUCAACAUCCGCGGUGAAGAGGCAAGCGGAAGUGCAGGGCUGGAGGCAAAGAUCCGUGCGCGGGUCGAGGCGCGGACCGGUAGCAACGCACACCCGCGCGGCGGCUCGCUGGCAAACCUGGCUGAGAUGAGCGACGAAGAGGUGGCGAGUGUGGUGGCAAGCGCGCGUGAAGCGGCAGCGGGUGCGGUGCCGAAGGAGGUCCCAGACGAGGCCAACAACGUCGGGUUUGACGAGGCGGCGUACUCGGACCUAUACUCUGCGGUCGCGAGUGAGAUCGCGCAGCUGCGAGUGGUGCUCGCCGGCGCCGAGGCGAAGGAGAAGGAGCGUGUGUGGCUCAAGGGCCAGGUAUUUGGCGAGCUCGACGAGGCCAAGCUUGUGGACUCUGUCGCCGGCGAGGCCGCGGUGUACAAGCGGCGCGGGGUUGCGGACGAGGCAGGCCUGUUCCAGACCAAGCCCAAGGUCUUUGUGUUUGUGCUGGACCUCUCGUCGUCGAUGGGCCACUUUAACGGGGCGGAUCGGCGGCUGGACCGGCUUGUGGCGACGGCGGUGAUGUUGAUGGAGGCGUUUGCAGGUUUUGAGGCCAAGUACGAGUAUGCCAUGAUUGGGCACGACGGUGAGUCGCCGCACAUUCCGCUGGUGGCGUUUGGUGCGCCGCCGACGACGCUGGACGAGAAGCUUAGUGUGGUGCGGACAAUGUACUGGAACGCGUCGUUUGCCAUGUCGGGCGACAACACGCUCGCGUCUGCAGCGCUGGGCAUCGAGCUUGCGAGCGCGCGUGACGGCGAUGACCACUUUACCUUUGUGGUGUCUGACGCCAACGUGGCGGCGUACGGUAUCUCCUCGCGGGUCCUUGCGCGGGUCCUCAACUCUGCAGCCGACGUCAACGUGUUUGCCAUGUUCAUCGCCUCGCCUGACGACGCCGAGCGGCUGCUGGAAGAGGUGGACCGGACCAAGGCCUUUGUGGUGCUCGACACAGCGAGGCUGCCCAAGGUGUUCAAGGAUUGCCUGGCGGCGGUGGUGUAACGCGGACAGCGGUCAGCGGAGACGGGCCUGGGCGGCGAGGAGCGCGGCCAUGCGAUCGUGCGACGACGGGAGCUUGGUAGCGAGUGCGCGGGUGGUGGUGUGGGCAGAGAGCCGGAUGCGGCGUGAGGCAGCGACCGGUCGCUCGUCGAGCCUGAGCCGGGCUACGCCGUCUUCGACGAUGGCGUGGUGGCGAGCGGCGUAAAGGUGCGAGUGGAAGAG